GAGAGAAAGAAAGAAGAGAGAGAGAGAGAGAGAGAGAGGGGACAGGUACAGAAAAAGAAAGAGAGAGAGAGAGCUAUGAUCGCAGCGGCCGGCAACGACUCGUCCUGAGAGCAAGGUUCGCGUUUCGGUGCUCCGAAAGAGGAGAGCAGCGGAGAAGGCGAGGGAGAAACUCGGGGAAAAAGAAAGUCUCGCUGGAGGAUAUUCGGUCCGGGCAGCGAUCGUCCGGGAGGUGGUCACGUGUGUCCGCGCCGGUGAAAACCGUGUGAGAGAGCGCGGACUCUCGAAAACCGAGACUUUCGCGCGGCCCCGUCCGAAAGCGGACGGGCGGACGACGACACCGAACGAUUCGGCGGACUUUUUCGGGUCUCUCUUCGCGGCACGUCCGAGAGGAUCGGGAGCGAUUUGAAGGAUCCGGCGCCGAGUGAGAAGAAAAAGAGAGAUAUAUAUAUAGAGAUAGAUAGAAAGAGAUAGAGAAAGAGAGUGAGAGAUAGGUCGCGGGGAUCCGUCGGCGAGCGCGCGGAGCAGGAGGUUUCGCUCUCGAGACCGGUCUCGCCGGCUAUCCUGGAGGACGAUGACGAUGGUAACGAGGAUCGCGAGCGAUAACCGGAGGACGUUCAGCUCGAGAGGGCUCGAUUGAACGGCUCCGCUCGCUCCAGGCCCCGGCUCGGCCCGGCCCGGCCCGGCCCCGCGCUCGUCUCCACGUCUGGACGGCGGCCAUCCGUUCUUUCUUAUCCUGUAAUCGUCGAAUUACCGGACGCGGAAUCGGCGCGCGACCACGCAAGCACGGUUUCGGACUCGGCGGCCGACCGGCUUCGGUCCCGUCGCGUCGCGUCGUCGGGACCCCCACGGUGGAUUAUUCUAUUGAUAUUCCGGUGACAGUGUGCCAACACAGUGAGUGCAGUUUCGUGCGAGCUUCGGUCCCGAUAGUGGCGGAGGCGGAGGCAGGAGGAGGAGGCGGCGGCGGAAACACCGGGAACACACCGGCACAACCAGCAGCGGAAACUUCGGCUCGCGAAACUCUCGUCUCUGAGAGAGCCGUCGGAUCGCGGCGCUCUUCGUCCCCGUCGGCGGGAGUGCCGGCGUCAUCCAGGAGGAGCCCGACGACGGAGGAGGCCGCGACAGGGCCCGGAACGAGCCGGUCCUACUACGACGGUCCUUUGUCGCUCCUCGACUAGGGCCGAUCCUCGUGCUUCGCCGAGCUCCGCUCGCUCCACCGGGAAACCCAUCGAGGCGGAAGCGACGGGAAACCGAGCGGACCUUCCCAGCCCAGAGGGACCCGAGAAAGAGAGAAAGAAAGAAAGAGAGGGAGGGAGAAAGAGAGAGAGAGAGAGAAAGAGAGGGAGAGAAAGUGAGAGAGAGAGAGAGAGCGAAAGAGACCCUUUUGUUCCCCCAGUUACGCUAUCCAAUUAUCGGCAGGCCGAAGAAGGCAUCGAGCGUGCUCUUCUCGCGCGAGCACCGCCGACAGGAAGCGCAACUCUUCGCCCCGAGCCACCGAGAGGAAUAAUCGGCGAGGAUGCAGGUGGCAACGCUGUUUAGGGAGAGCGCCACCCUGCUGGGUGCCUCCAGCCUGGACCCCCCGCAGACCCACCAUCACCAGGCGAUGCAGCAGCAGCACCAGCAGCAGCAACAGCAGCAGCAGAUCCAGCAACAUCCGGCGGACCUGCAUCUAGCGCAUCACAUGCAGCAUCACUACAAAAUGUCGUACCCGUCGCCCGUGCAAAACGGAGGGCCAAAUGGGACGACGAUGAGUUGCGGAGGUUCCCAAGGUGGGGUGAUGGUGAAGCAGGAAGCGAGGGAUGACGGUUACGAGACAAGUCCGGAUCUCGAGAUGAGGAGCACCGGUGGUGACAGCAGUCAGCAGUACCACACGCCGCUGACACCGCACACACCGCACACACCACACACGCCGCACACACCCCUCACGCCGAUAUCGGCGACAGCGCAUCAACCCCAGCAACCUGGCUCGACCGCUUCCACCCUCGGACAGGUGACGAUCAAGUGCGAGACCCCGGUGGACCAGUACUCGUUCGUCGACGAGGACAUGUCGAUGGGCGGACUGAGGACGGCCAGCAGCCCUGCCGGCAAUCCCGAGAACAUGACGUGCCCUUCUGGGGCGCAAUCCGCCCUUGCCACACCUACGUCGACGCCGCCCGGCCAGCUCCCCGUGCCGCAGCAUCUCCAGAUGAACCUUGGCGUGAUGAACGGCAACGUGAAUCCCCAAAUGGCGCCGCAUCAGCCCAAGAAGCGGGGCCGCAAGAAAAAAUCCGAGAUGAUCCUCACGCCGGAAGAGGCGGAGCUGGCCGAGGCGAAGAAGCGGGCGAAAACGUACAAAGAGAGGAAGAAACACGACAGAUUCGACGGCAUGCCGGAAGAGGAGGUCAGCAAGCGCGUUCUACCCGACCACCUGACCAACAACCUCGACAUCAUCAUCAUUGGAAUCAACCCCGGAUUGUUCGCGGCCUACAAGGGCCACCACUACGCCGGACCCGGGAACCAUUUCUGGAAGUGUUUACACCUGAGCGGACUGACACCCGAACCACUCACGGCGGAUGACGAUUACAAGCUGUUGCGCUUCGGUAUCGGUUUCACAAAUAUGGUGGCUCGCGCCACUAAAGGCAGCGCUGAUCUCACCAGAAAAGAAAUCAAAGAAGGUAGUCACAUUCUGUUAGAGAAAUUACGAAAAUACAAGCCGAAGAUCGCCGUGUUCAACGGUAAGCUGAUAUACGAAGUGUUCUCCGGGAAGAAAGAGUUCGGAUUCGGUAGACAGCCCAACCUGGUCGAAGGAACCAACACGUACAUGUGGGUGAUGCCAUCGAGUAGCGCGAGAUGCGCGCAGCUGCCCCGUGCAGCGGACAAGGUGCCGUAUUACGCGGCGCUGAAGAAGUUCCGGGAUUACUUGAACGGGGCGAUCCCGCACCUGGACGAGUCCGACAUCGUGUUCGCUGAUUCGAAGCUGAAGAAGAAGGAUCCGGACGCGAUCGAGGACAAGAAGCCCGGGUUCUGCGACGACCUGACGAGCGAGGGCGACAGCAGGAUCACGGAGGUGAACGGGACGGUGAUCAAGCAGGAGCCGAACUCUCAGAUACCGGGCAAGAAGAAGCGAGGCAGGCCGAAGAAGAUCAAGAACCCGGAGGAUCAGCCGCCCCCGGAUCCGGAGAAGCUGGACGCGAACGGGGAGGUGAUCAAGAAGCGUCGAGGACGCCCGAAGAAGAUACACCAGCAGCAGAAGCAGCAGGAGAGGGAGAUGCGAGAGCGGGAGCAGCAGCAGCAGCAGCAACAGCACCAGGGAAUGGGACACCUAGGGGACGGUUACGGCGUGGUGCCGAACUGUUUCUCGCCGCCGAAGACGUUCGCGCACAUGGCCCCGUACCCGCAGCCGAUGAACGACUCCGGGUUCUACGGGCAGGGGAUGAACGACAGCCCGUACAACAUGAACGCGAAGCAGAGCCCGGUGCACCUGCAGCACUACAGCCAAAGCCCGAAGUCGAUGUCGCUCUCGUUCACCCAUUCCGACCUCUCCUCGGAGAUAAACACGGCCAUCUCCUCGGAGAACAACCUGGAGCCGUCGCCGUUGACCUCGCCGAGCGUCGAGCACCCGGACUUCGAGCCGCCCACCAGCAUCUCCCAGCAGAACAUGAACAACGACCAUCGCCAGUACAAUCCGGCCGGGAACGGCGAGAACCCGGUCCACCACGGUAGCCCGGGUACACCGUCCCACCCGAGCUACACCAGUUACAUGGGCUACCACGAGCAAGCCUCGGAGCCUCACAACCCCCAUCCCCAUCAGACCACACCGACGCCGUUGAGCCAAACCACCGACGAGCACUCGCACCAUUCCCAUCCGACACCGCCGCACACGCAUCCCCACACGCCGACGCACUCCUCGAUGUCGCCGCACCACCCCCACGAGCAGUACGGCAUCAAGAGGAACACGGGCCAGGACGUGGCGUCGAAGAGCCUCAGCGACCUCGAGUCCCUGGUCGACCAGAUCCCGAGCAUAGCCGACGGGGGCAGCCAGCGGCUCCAGCACGGCCACCCGGGCAUGAACGACGACGGCUCCCUCGCGGAGAAGAUGGACGCGCACCACCAGUAUCUGCCGGGUUUCGCCGGUAUGACCAACGCGGGGAUGUCCAAUUAUAGUCCGCCGUUGGCGCCGGGCGGCUCGAUCUACCCGAGCUCGCUGCACAACUCGCCGAACGACGGCUACGGGUCCCUAUACAGCAUGAACGGUCGCCAGCACCAGGACUCGCAGCAGCAGCAACAACAGCAACAACAACAGCACCAACAGCAACAGCAGCAGCAGCAACAGCAGCAGCAGCAGCAACAACAGCAGCACAGCAAGCUGUACACGGUGGAGAACCUCGCGUCGAGCAAUUACACGCCGAGCAUGAACCACGGACACCCCGGCAACUCGUACCCGAACAUCAUCCCCGGGCCGCACUACCCCGUGCCGAUGGGCUCCACGAACGGGUACCUGUUCGGCGGCCUCGAGCCGAGCCUGAUGCAGCGCACCUACGGGAUGGGCAGUAUGAGCGGCAUGGGAGGAAUGCACCCGUCCCUCGGCCACAUGGCCAAUCCUUAUCCCUACAACGGAUCGUAUUCUAGUUCCUUCGACGCGUAUCCGGCACCACCGGCGGGCAUACACGCGCCCAGCGCGAACUAUCCCGGCGGUUACACGAGCGUCGGCGGCUCCACGCCGGGCACAUCCACGCCGCCGUCUUACCUCCCGUCUCACCAUAGGCCGCCGGUCGACCUUGCUUACGACGGUGUAUGAUAAUCGAUGUAAAGCUAUUCAACGAGCGAUAGCGUCUCGAGGCGCUGCGUUUAUCUUUUCUACGUAUUUUUACACGUUUAGGAUCCGCCGCCGCCGCCGCCGCCGCCACCGCCGCCGCCGCCGCCGUCGCCGUCGCCGGAAUCGCCGUCGUCCGAACGAAACGAAAGCUUCUCGUUGAAGGACGCUUUCUGGCGCGACCCUGCUGCCGCGAUCACGAGCUCGCGAACCGCGCGCGUUUUCUUCCUUCCUUCCUUCCUUCCUUCCUUCCUUCCUGCCUGCCUUCCUGCCCUUCAUCCUGCUCCUCCUUCUCCGCCUCCUCCUCAGCCCCGACUCUGUUUCUCUUUCACUUUCACUUCCCCUUUCUCCCUCGCACCAGAGACCAACGCGAUUCCUCGCGCUUCGUCCCGCUCCGUUUCGUCCGGUUUCAUUACCAUCCCCCUUUCCUCCCUGUCGCUCACGAUCCACGACCGCGCCGCACCGCGCCGCGUCGCGCGCGAGUAGUCACGGCCGCGCGGCUCCGAACUCUGGAAAACAGUGAAGAGAACGCCGAAAGAAAAACGAGCCGGACCGGCCGCCAUUCCGCGUCCAACCGCGACUCUCCCGAGCUUGCCGCACGCGGCCUUUCUCAAGCUCGCCGGUUUCGUUCGCGCCGGGCGUGUUCGAGUUUCCGAGACGUUGGCCGCCGCCUAGAUCACGCCUAGAUAUCGUUAGCAUCGCGAAGCCACGGCUCGAACCGCCGCGCACCGCGAGGAAAGUGAAUCGCGCUUUGCGAUCGAUCGUGAAUCAUGCUGCGAGCAUGAUUUACCUGUACAUCACACGGCGUAGCGCGAUACUUAACAGUGUUACUUGUAGUCCGACUUGGACCGACGUCCGGCUGAAAAACCAGUCACCGCGCACCUUUGGAAAGAGGAACGCACCUGUACGAUAUCGAUCGGUGCUGGAUCAUGCUUCGUGCGCGAUUCAACCGAACGUCUUGGAGGAAGCGGAAUAAUGCCCGCGGUGUUGUUAGCGGUGCCGGGGGGUCCGACCUGGAUGCUGGACCAUUUUCGGCCUUCCUCCCUCGGUUGGUCCGUCGAAGCCGCGUCUCGUCUAGAGUAGCCGUUGCGAGAUCAGCGUGUCCAGGCGGAGCUAACGUUUCCCGAAACUGCGUUACCAACGCUACGCGAACACACACCGUGAGAUUGAGGAAAACCGGUGGAGAACACGUCCGUCGAAUUCUUCUGCGCAAGGACGACCGUCUCGAGGCAGGGCGUGCUUACGCGAUGCUAUCGAUCCCUCCGUCGAAUUGAUGUCGCGAUCGUCUGCGGCGAGGAAAACGGCCCCCGUCGACGCCACGGUCCCCGUUUCCCUCGUUCCUCUUUCGAUUCCGUUGCUUCUCUCCUCUCGCGUCCCCGCGCGCGUCGUUACUUGUUAAUCGUUUCGUUGUUGUUGAGAAUAUCGUUUCGCUGGGCCGACACCAAGCAAAAGUGCAAUCCGUUGUCUCGACGGGUCACGAUCGAGAGAGAGAGAGAGAGAAUUUGAGAAAGAGAGAGAAGAGAGA